GAAUAUACGUUUUUUUUUUACUUUUUUUUAAUCCUUUCACUUUUCGAUGUUUCUCGAGUGCUGGAUCGGUGUAAGGACUAGUCUUGGAACUUGUUUCUGAUUUCAAAACGCUUUAUUACUCAAGCUUGCCGAUGCAUUACUAAUAUAUUGUUGCGGGGUGAUAAUGUUCCUACUUCUGAGUUUACGUGAAGGGCGUUUUUGGCGAAUGUGGAAUGAAACUGCUAACGAUUGGAUCAGUAAAAGGGGUGAAACAGUGGAUGAAAAGAUAAAAAAGCUUGAUGCUGAACUUAGUAGAUACAAAGAACAGAUUAAAAAAACAAGACCUGGUCCUGCUCAAGAAGCUAUUAAAGCUCGAGCCAUGAGGGUUCUUAAGCAAAAGCGAAUGUAUGAAGGACAACGGGAUAUGCUAUACAAUCAGACAUUCAAUCUUGAUCAAGUUGCCUUCGCUGCCGAGGGAAUUAAAGAUGCUCAGCAAACUAUGUCAGCGUUGAAAUCUGCAAACCAGGAGUUGAAAGGAAUGAUGAAAAUCGUGAAGAUCCAAGAAAUUGAUAACUUGCAAGAUGAGAUGAUGGACCUAAUGGAUGUGAGUAAUGAAAUUCAAGAAACCCUGGGUAGAAGCUAUAAUGUGCCGGAUGAUAUUGAUGAGGAAGACCUUAUGGGUGAGCUUGAUGCUUUGGAAGCAGACAUGGGAAUGGAAACUGAAGCUGAUGGGGUGCCCUCUUAUCUUCAACCCGAUAAAGAACCUGAUUUUGAUGCAGAGCUCAACUUGCCUUCAGCACCCUCUGGACAAGCAGUGCCAGCUGGCAGAUCCAAUGCCCAGGCUCAUGACGAACCGGGUUUACCUGCUGUCCCUCGUGCCUCCAUUCGUGGUUAGGAAUUAUUAUUGUCUAUCCGAGACUCUGUUGGGUUUAGAUUUAUUAUUUGUGGGAAGCUGGAUGGAGCAAGCUCUCGUUCGAUAACAUUGUGCAGAACUUAAACUUUUGAUUGAUAUGGUGAUUUAUCUUUUGUGCUUAGCUAUUUCCCGUGGAUUGGAUGGAUUUUCAUUAUAAAUACGAAGUAAUUUUAUCUUGUAAA